UGAGGUCAACCGGUGUGUGUUUCUUUGACAGUCUCACGCAUAAACAGAAACAGACACAGACACAUCAACCUGCGUUAUCUUGCUCUGCUCAUCGCGAUACACAACUGACUUCAAAUCUAUCUUUGAAUCUGACAUUUGCGUAAAACUUGACAACUUUAAACACCUGGACAUCCGGUUAUUAUUAACAAACGUGACCGCGUGUGAACCUACGGCCAUGUCCACAGCUGUAGUGAUGGACCAUCCAGGAGACGCGAGCCUCCUCCAGUCCUGCGGAACAGCAGACAGUCUCGCCUCUCUGGAAGAUGCCACCGCCGAGUCUACAGCAAAUGAGUCAUCAGAGGAGGAAUCAGCAUGCGCCAGAGAAGAGCAAUCGAAUACCAAAGCCCAACAGAGCAUGCGCACAGAAUCAGGUGCCACCCCUCGUCCCGACUCGCUCUCCCUGCCCUCUAAGGGCACAGAGCUCUGGACUACACACAGGGAUGGAGAGGUGAAGCUCAGGAUGGGUGAGUCCGGCCCCGAGGCUGAACCCCCCUUGACUGUGAACCAGAUGUUCACUUCUACGGUCCAACGCUUUGGCAGCUACAACGCUCUGGGCUGGAAAGAGGGAGAGCAGUGGAAAACUAUGACUUACAAAGAGUACUACAAGUCUUGCCGCACUGCUGCCAAGAGCUUCCUCAAGCUUGGUCUGGAGCGGUACCAUGGCGUCGGUAUCCUCGGGUUUAACUCGGUCGAGUGGUUUGUUGCUGACAUCGGGGCUAUUUUAGCUGGGGGGUUUGCCGUGGGCAUCUACACUACCAACUCACCCGAGGCAUGCCAGUAUGUGGCAGAGAACUGCCAGGCCAACAUCCUUGUGGUGGAAAACCACAAACAGCUUCAGAAGAUCUUGCAGGUCCAAGACAAAUUACCGCACCUAAAAGCCAUUAUCCAAUACAAAGAUGAGCUGAAAGAGAAAAAGCCCAAUCUCUACACGUGGGCAGAGUUUAUGGAGUUGGGCCGCAAUGAGCCAGAUGCUCAGCUGGAUGAUAUCAUCAGCUCCCAAAAACCUAAUCAGUGCUGCACACUGAUCUACACAUCCGGAACCACGGGCCAGCCGAAGGGAGUCAUGCUCAGUCACGACAAUCUUACAUGGACAGCACUUGCAACUGGCCGAGAUGUGAGUCUGACAGAUGCAGAUAAGCUACAAGAAGUGGUCGUGAGCUACCUGCCACUCAGCCAUAUUGCUGCACAGAUGAUUGACAUCUGGCUUCCCAUGAAAGCUGGAGGAGUCACAUACUUUGCACAGCCUGAUGCACUAAAGGGUUCUUUGGCUAACACUCUACGAGAGAUACGCCCUACCGCAUUCAUGGGUGUCCCUCGGGUGUGGGAGAAGAUGCAAGAAAAGAUGAAGUCGAUUGGAGCCAAAUCGUCCACCGUGCGCCGGAAGGUGGCAUCCUGGGCCAAAGACGUGGGCCUGCAGACCAACCUAAACAAAAUGGAGCUUAAUGGCAGCCUGUCCAGAAAGCCAUUAAACUAUCGCCUGGCGAAGCGUCUGGUGUUCAGGAAGGUUCGGAAGGCACUGGGUCUGGAUCGCUGUACGAGGUGCUACACCGGAGCAGCUCCCAUAACCAAAGACACACUGGAGUUUUUCCUCAGUCUCGACAUUCCUCUGUUUGAGCUCUACGGCAUGAGCGAGAGCUCUGGACCGCACACCAUCACGCUCCCCGAUGCCUUCAGACUCACCAGCUGUGGAAAGGUAAUUCCAGGAUGCAAGACGAAGAUCUUCAACCCCGAUGCGGAUGGCAAUGGAGAAAUUUGUUUCUGGGGCCGUCAUGUGUUCAUGGGCUACUUGAAUAUGCCAGAUAAAACCGAAGAGGCUCUGGAUGCAGAUGGUUGGCUGCACUCGGGUGACCUCGGAAAACAUGACCAGGACGACUUCCUGUUCAUCACCGGACGCAUUAAAGAACUGAUUAUCACAGCUGGAGGUGAAAAUAUUCCCCCUGUACCCACUGAGGACGCAGUUAAAGAAGCUGUACCACUCAUCAGCAAUGCCAUGCUUAUCGGAGACAAGAGAAAGUUCCUCUCCAUGCUGCUCACCAUUAAGUGUCAGGUAAACAACGAAACGGGAGCCCCCGAAGAUGAACUGACUCCUGAGGCAGUGGAAAUGUGCCGUAAACUGGGCAGCAAUGCCACACGAGUCGGCGAGAUUGCCGGUGGCCGUGACCGAGUCGUAUACACUGCUAUUCAAGAAGGUAUCAACCGCGUCAACGAGAAAGCCACCUCUAACGCCCAGCGCAUCCAGAAAUGGACUGUUUUGGAGAAGGAUUUCUCUAUCCCCGGUGGGGAGCUGGGGCCCACAAUGAAGCUAAAGAGGCCAGUGGUCAUGAAGAUGUACAAAGACCAGAUUGAGAACUUUUACAAAGAAGUCUUGACCCCAACCACCCCAGACAACCCUCUGCCUCCUAAAUAGGUGUCCAACAAAAGGCCUUGUCACCCACUUCAGAGAUCGGAGACAAAGGGAUUGACAUGGCCUUAAAAACACACUUACAUAGGAACACCACUCAGACCUUGUGUUUUGCUUGUGUCCAUUUUGGGUUAAUAUUUGUUCAGGGUUUUGUAAUUGUUGUUUAUUUCAUACUGUUUACAUUUUUUUUGUAUUAUAGCAUAUUAUAUAGAAAACAUGUUUAUGAAAACAAAAAGCCAUUUGUGAAUUUGAUUUAUUUUUUUUAUUUUAAUUUUUUUUUGUGGUGAUUUACUAUUUAUUUUCUCGCCUAAUUAUAAUGAAGUGUCUUUUGAGCCAUGUUCUUGAUUUAUAUGUAAGUGCAGGUGACUUAAAUGUCUGUAUUCAAAGAUACCAGUUAAUUUAUGGUUGGAUUUACCAACAACGGUAGACAUCUUAAUAUCUGACAAGCUAAUUUACACAUCAGGCAUGACUGAAUACUUUGAGAAGAGCAUUUUGUGGUUGUGCACUAGAAGGAAAAGGAAAGUAGGAAACUAGGUGUUUGUUAAAGGAAUAGUUCACCCAAAAAUCUAAAUUCUGUCGUCAUUUGUUCAUUAGUUCCAAGCCUGUAUGGAUUUCUUUCUUCCGCUGAACACAAAGGAAGAUAUUUUGAAGAAAGUUUGUAAUCAGGUUAAAAAAAGUUUCCUGUAAUCAGGAAAAAAUACUAUGGAAAUGAACGGUGACUUAAAACAGCCUGAUUACAAAAUUUGAAAAAGAAAAAGUAAUUCAUACAGGCUUGAAGCUGCUUGAGUAAAUUAUGACAAUUUAUUUUUGGGUGAACUAUUCCUUUAAGGAACAACCACAGGAUUUUCUGUGAAGAUCAUUUAAAUAAGAAUCUCAUUCCAUAUAAGCCAUAAAUGUUUGUUUGUUUAUUUUUGUAACCAAAUGUGUAAUUUGAAUGCAGUUGGUUAAUUUGGUCAUUUGAAUUCUUUGUAAAAUGAGUCUGUUGUUAUAUAGUGUAAAUACAUAUUGCAUACAUUAGUUUUUUUCUGAUUUUGAUGCUUUGUUUGCGUCACUCUGACAAUCCUCAAAGUAGCAAGAGGUUAGAUGUCAUGCAGUCUUGUCAGCAUGAGCUUUAUGAAAAAAACAUAAAAUUGGAUUGAGAAAGCAGGUUAAUAUUUCUCUUAUGAAAAAAGGGAUAUGAAGGAGCUAAUGUGAGGAGGUCAGAAUUUGAUUCGACGAGCUAUGUUGCAUUUUUUUUUUUUGCUUUGCAUGUGCAAUAGGGAUAUAUUUUGACCAAAAAUGUAGCUGAUUUUAUUUAAAUUGUAUACCGCAUAGUAAAAAGGAUGACAAUGCGAUACAGUAAAACAAAUGAAUUGAUCAAAGAGGUUAAAUGAAGGAACUUUGCAAAGUUUGUGAAUUGGGAAGUGCUAUUUAAUCUGUCAAGUGCUUGAAUAUACAAAAAACAACCGCAAAUCACUUAAUGUAAAUCCAAAGAUAUGAUUUUCUUUCUGUAAAUAGAUUAAUUUUUAUCUCACUUAAAAAGCUUUCUUCAAAUACUCAACCUGUUACUCCAAAGUGUGUAUACUCUGACUGCAUAGCAUGACCACAGCGAGGCCUUUUUGUAAAUAGGAAGACUUAGUUUAAUUUGUGCAUGAAAUGAGACAUGUUGUUUGCUCAAUCAGAAUUGGUGAGAAUGAAGGUAGAGCUAGUAAGUGAUUUCCAUUCUUCUAUCUGGGAUUUCUAUUAUGGUUUCAACUAAAUUGCUCUUCAUUUUUUUUUUCAAAAUCAAUGUAUGUUUUUUUUUUUUUUUUUAAGAAUUAUUUGCUUCUCUUUUGACAACAAUACUGUGAUGGUUUAAUGUAAGUCUGAUCUACAUUUGGGCCAGCAUUAAGGGAAGUCUGCAAAUUUGGAAAUGUGCAAAAAUGAACAUGAUGUAAAGUCUCAGACUGUGAAAGGUUUGUCUGGUUUUACCUGACUCUGAAAACUCUUGAACUGGGUGACAAUUUGUUGUGUGUAGUGUGAUGUUAAGGGUUUCUGAAACGUGCAUGUCAUUGUUGAAACUGGAUUACAGAAGAUAGUUGACUUUGGGAGAUGGAACUCCAGGUUUCUACUUGUAUGUAUGUGUGAAUUAUCCCUUUACUGGACAAUAAAUGUGAUAUAACCAUGA